GUGGCGGCAGCCUAAUUUACAGCAGCUGAGCUCUGAGCGCAAACUGGGAUGCAUAAAGAAAAGUUGUUCUGCUGAGCCAGUGGCAGUUCGUGACAUCACACUCUCAUCUGUGACAUCACAAAGCUGCAUUCCUUAAUUCCAAGAAAAGAGCAACAAUGACCGAGAACAGAAAGCCUUCUCCUCCCGAGUACGAGGAGAUCAUACAACUCCAUGACCAGACCGCAGCUCCGCAGACACUGAAGCUGCGCGUCAUCCUGAAUGAAACCGAGACACUCUCUGAGGAACAGUCCGAGGAACAGUUUCUUCUCAACGAAAACAAGGCUCCGGAGACGCAACUUGUGCAAAGCACACAAGUUGCGUUUGAACAAGACAUAGAGCUUCAGCAGGAAGACCAGGAUUUGCAGAUCUCAGUCAACGUAAAUGCCUUCCUGCUGGAGAAAAACGAGGCUUUGGAAAUCGAAGUGCAACUUCUGACCAGACUGCUGAGAGACAAAGAGGAGGAAUACAAACUCCACUAUCAGGCUCUGGAGGAACAAGUCCGGAACUUUCAAGGUCUCCUGGCUGAUUUGCAAGGCAUGAAAAGGAAAUGCUUGUUCCUGACGGAGCAGCAGAAGAACGACGAGUCAAGGAAACUCGAGGAAACUGACAGAAAGUUUCUCCGAGGGAUGCAGAGUCCACUGGGGCUUCAAGAAGAAUCCAAGAAGCUUCCAGACAAUUCAGGAAACAGUCCAGCCAGAGUGAAGGCUCCAACAGAGAAGAACGCUUUGACUGGACCGUCUGCGCCUGACGAUCAGAUCCAUGAGCAGCAGAACCAGGAGCCAUCUGCAGAGGAAACCCAUGGAGAGAGCCAGCUGGUUUCAGAACCAGCAGCAGAGCCACUGUGGCAGCCGCCUGUCUUCAGAGAUGUGAUCAGAGGCAUCGCCAAUACGUUUCUGAAGAUGUAUAGAACAGGCACCCUCAAAUACUGGGUUGAUUAUUGGUAUUUCUAAAUAAUAAAAAACAUAAAAAGUG